AUGAUUUUCAGAUACUAUACUUCAUUAAUCUUAUAUAAAUUUGAGAAAAAUGAGUUAUCUAAUAGGUAUAAAUACUUUUUAAAAAAGGAAUUAAAUCAUUUUAAUAAUAAAACAGUGAAUAAUUAUUCAACAUUUAAAAUAAAAAAUAAUAAGAAAAAAGAGAAUAAUAAUGUUUUAUAUUUGUUAAAUAAUAAUAUUGUAUAUCAAAAGAAUUUUCCUUUUUUUCAUUGCAAUAAAAAAAAUUAUAGCAUUAAUAAAAAUGUAAAUAUAAAAAAACAAAAUUUUUUUUACAAUGAUAUAAAGCUUUUUAGUGGAAGGAGUGGGGGGUUAAAAAGAAAAAAGAAAAGAAAAGAAGAAAGAAUGGUAAAUACAUGUUCAGCAAAAAGAUUAGAAUUCUUUUAUCCAAAAAAAAAAAGAAGACAACGUAUUGGACUAAUUCAAAAUAGUAGAAAAAAUAUUGUUUAUGAUAAUAUUCUAAAAAGAUUUUUGGUUUACUAUUAUAAGCAAGGAAUUCAGGUAUUUAGAAGUUUUAGUUGCAAGAAGAAAAAAAAUUUUGAAUCUGCUAGAAAUAAAGCUAUUAUAUUAUCGAAACAAUUUCAUAAAAAAUAUAGUAGUGAAAAAGCAAAUGAAGAAAAAAAUAAAAAUAAAGCACCUUUAAAUAUUAAUGAUAGUAAUUUAAUUGCAAAAUAUAAUAAUGAUUUAAUAAAACAUAUAAAAGUUAUUCCUGAUAAAAAUAAAAGUGGAUAUAGAGGGGUCUUUUAUGAACCUUCUCAUCACGCAUAUAUUUGCGUAUAUAAUGAAGCAGGUGUACGGAAAUUUCAAAUUUUUAAAAUUCAAAAUAAUGAUUAUCUAGAAGCAUAUAAUUUAGCUGUAAUGUGUAGAAGAUAUAAACUUUUUAAAAAUUUUCAAUUUGUUUCUCAAAGAAAUAGAAUAAGAAGUGGUAGAGUUCAUCUUAAGUAA